AUGACAGCUACUCGGAAACACAACCUCUUUACGCCAGAACCUCACUAUAUCCCUGGCACUGUGCUGAGAGCCCUACCAGAUGGCCAACAGACAGAGAAUGGCGUGCUGCUGCCCUCCCUGCAGUCGGCCUUGCCUUUCUUGGACCUGCAUGGGACACCUCGGCUGGAGUUCCACCAGUCGGUGUUUGACGAGCUUCGGGACAAGCUGCUGGAGCGGGUGUCCGCCAUUGCCUCAGAGGGGAAGGCUGAGGAAAGGUACAAGAAACUGGAAGAUCUUCUAGAAAAGAGCUUUUCUCUGGUGAAGAUGCCGUCCCUGCAGCCAGUGGUGAUGUGUGUCAUGAAACAUUUGCCCAAGGUUCCGGAGAAGAAGCUGAAGCUGGUGAUGGCUGACAAGGAGCUGUACCGGGCCUGUGCUGUGGAGGUGAAGCGGCAGAUCUGGCAGGACAACCAGGCACUGUUUGGCGACGAAGUUUCUCCGCUGCUGAAGCAGUACAUCCUAGAGAAGGAGAGUGCGCUUUUCAGCACCGAGCUCUCCGUCCUGCACAACUUCUUCAGCCCUUCCCCGAAGACGAGGCGCCAGGGCGAGGUGGUGCAGAAGCUGACGCAGAUGGUGGGGAAGAACGUGAAGCUGUACGACAUGGUGCUGCAGUUCCUGCGGACCCUCUUCCUGCGGACCCGGAACGUGCACUACUGCACGCUGCGGGCCGAGCUGCUCAUGUCCCUGCACGAGCUGGACGUCGGGGACAUCUGCUCCGUGGACCCCUGCCAUAAGUUUACCUGGUGCCUGGAUGCCUGCAUUCGUGAGCGGUUUGUGGACAGCAAGAGAGCCCGAGAGCUGCAGGGGUUUCUUGACGGCGUGAAGAAGGGGCAGGAGCAAGUCCUAGGGGACCUGUCCAUGAUCCUGUGUGACCCCUUUGCCAUCAACACCCUGUCGCUGAGCACCGUCAGGCACCUGCAGGAGCUGGUCGGCCAGGAGACCCUGCCUAGGGACAGUCCCGAUCUCCUGCUGCUGCUCAGGCUGCUGGCGCUGGGCCAGGGGGCAUGGGACAUGAUCGACAGCCAGGUCUUCAAGGAGCCCAAGAUGGAGGUGGAGCUCAUCACCAGGUUCCUGCCCAUGCUCAUGUCCUUCGUGGUCGACGACCAUACCUUCAACGUGGACCAGAAGCUGCCGGCCGAGGAGAAAGCCCCGGUUACGUACCCGAACACGCUCCCGGAGAGUUUCACCAAGUUCCUGCAGGAGCACCGCAUGGCCUGCGAGGUGGGGCUGUACUACGUGCUGCACAUCACCAAGCAGAGGAACAAGAACGCACUCCUGCGCCUGCUGCCGGGGCUGGUGGAGACCUUUGGCGACCUGGCGUUUGGGGACAUCUUCCUGCACCUGCUCAUGGGGAACUUGGCGCUGCUGGCCGACGAGUUUGCCCUGGAGGACUUCUGCAGGAGCCUCUUCGAUGGCUUCCUCCUCACGGCCUCGCCCAGAAAGCAAAAUAUACAUUCAAAGUUUUACCACAAAGGUCUCCAGAUGCCCUUCUUCAGGUCAGGGGACCUGAACCCACCUGCGCUGGGGCCUAUGAACCCCCCACCUUCUGGGGAUAGCCCUGGGCACUGUCCAGAGGUCACAACCUCAGCUGAACCUAGCGCAGGGCCUGGUUCAGGACUCCCGCCUCAGGCCAGGGCUUACCCACCUACACUGUGGGGAGCUCCUGGUGGGAGCAAGACUGAGCAGAAGAGCUGGACCACCAGCCAGACCACCAGCCUCGGGAAGACCAGAGGGAGGGACUCGGGGAGCUCUGGCUGCCAGGAGGACCCCGAGAGAGUCCACAACGGUCAGGUCUGA